AUGUCGGGUAGAGGAAAGGGAGGAAAGGGGCUCGGCAAGGGAGGACCAGCGAUGCGCCGCCUAGGUCACCGUGGCGGUGUGAAGCGUAUCAGUGGUCUCAUCUACGAAGAAACCCGUGGAGUCCUCAAGAUCUUUCUAAAAAAUGUCAUACGCGAUGCUAUCACCUACACGGAGCACACCCGCCGGAAGACCGUAACCGCCAUGGAUGUCAUUUAUGCGCUCAAGCGCCAGGGUCGUACUCUCUAUGGCUUUGGUGGUUAGGGUUUUUGUUUUCAAAGAUUUGAUUAGGUUCUCCCCAUUUCAUGUAUUGGAUAUCCUUUUGUGUUAAAUUUGUUUUCCUUUUUUAUGUUGUUAUUCUAUCAAAUGGAUUUCUGAGCAAGAACACUUUCGCUUCAUUUCUGACAUUUUUCUGUUGAUUUUUUUUUUUAAACUCGAGAUGCACGAAAUCGUGGCAUAUGGAAGAUUUUUUGGCUAAAGAGUUGAUCGUCAUGU